GAGGAACGCCUCCAAACCUCCUCUGUCUCCUCUUCACCACCAACCAAAACACAGUCCUAAAUGGUAAAAUAAAAUAUCACACAUCAACACCUCUCUCUCUCUCUCUUCAAUAGAAACCAUCAGGGAAGAUCGACAAAAGGGACGAAACUGCUACUCACCUAAUUGCAUAAACUGGGUUCAGUUUCUUGAGACAGUUUUGGUUUGGAUUUUGGAGCAAUGAGAACAGAGCGCGUGAGGAAUUCCAAGUCUUCAUGGCCAAAAGUGGUGGUGAGAAAAUGGCUGAAUAUCAAGACUGGCGCAGAUGAAUUCCAUUCUGAUUACAAGAUCAGGGCUAUGGUGGAUGGAAGAAGUGAGAGAAGAAAGAGUUGCUCUGACAAGGACUCCUACGUCGUCGUACCGGAGGAGCUUUCAGGCUGGUUGAUGGAAGCUAGAGAUAGUAUUCAACGGCCGAGAUUUGAAACCGGGUGUACCACAGUCGCGGAUGAUCUCAACCUCAGGAUGUUCAUAGGGACAUGGAACGUAGGAGGGAAGUCGCCACAUGAAGGGUUGAAUUUAAGAGAUUGGCUACGGACGCCUGCCCCAGCUGACAUCUACGUCCUUGGGUUCCAGGAAAUCGUACCACUCAACGCAGGAAACAUACUCGGGGCAGAGGACAAUAGUCCAGCUGGCAAGUGGCUCUCCCUAAUCCGCGAAGCUUUGAACAAUAACACAACUGACCCUGAAGUUUUGAAAUAUUACAAUAGUUCCCCUAAUGUUGACCUAAAACAAUCACCACCGAGUGCAAAACCAAGAGUAAGCUUCUCCGACUUGCUCUCACUAGAAGAUGAACUCAACGAUGAGGAUUUUCAGAGGUUUCUGAGCUCGAAUUCAAACUCGACGGAAGAAGGCUCGCCUGGCCGACCUAGUACCAGUAGUCUUGAUAACCAUCAAUAUUGUUUGGCAGCUAGUAAACAGAUGGUGGGUAUUUUCUUGUGCGUAUGGGUUCGAGUGGACCUGUAUCGCAACAUUAGCAAUUUGAAGGUCUCUUGUGUUGGAAGAGGCAUCAUGGGAUAUCUUGGCAAUAAGGGAUCAAUAUCAAUUAGUAUGACAUUGCACAAGACAACAUUUUGCUUUGUUUGCACCCAUUUGGCCUCUGGAGAGAAAGAAGGCGACGAAGUCCGAAGAAAUUCAGAUGUUAUGGAAAUUUUGAAGAAAACAAGGUUCUCUCAUGCGUGCAGAGGACUCGGGAAAGCAAUCCCUCCUGAGAGCAUUUUGGAACAUGAUAAGAUCAUUUGGCUCGGAGACUUGAAUUAUCGACUUGCUUCGGGUUGUGCUGACACACAUGAGCUACUGAAGAAUAACGAUUGGAAAUCACUUUUAGAGAAAGAUCAGUUGAGGAUAGAGAAAAGAGCUGGCCGUGUGUUUAAGGAAUGGGAAGAAGGGAGGAUAUAUUUUGCUCCAACUUACAAGUACCUCACCAACUCUGAUAAUUAUGUUGUCCAAAUCUCUACUUCUAAAGAGAAGCAAAGGACUCCUGCCUGGUGCGACAGAAUAUUGUGGAAAGGUGAAGGACUGAAGCAAAUAUGGUAUGUGAGAGGUGAGUCCAAAUUCUCAGACCACAGGCCAGUUUAUUCUCUCUUCUCAGUCCAAGUCAAUUUCGCCAACAAAAACAAGCCCACACCCAUUACUAGCUCAACCACCACCAAAUCACCACCACUGCUGCCACCGCGACCGUUGCCGGUUCCAACUGCCAGUGGAUUGCCACCAAUAUGUUUUGCCAAAAUUGAGGCAGAUGAAUUGUUGCUCAUAACCAGGGCUCAAAGCUGCAUACAGAGCACACCAAGGUGGCCACUCCAAUGACACACCGACGCGUCAACAGGACACACUGGAGAAGCAUCCCUCUGACUCCGCCGGAAUUUUUAACGGUUUUGUGAGUUCUAAAAAAUUCGUGGGCUUUUUACUCUCCGGCAGAGGUGACGGAGACCAUAGUCACCAUACCUGUACUUUCAUUUUUGUUCAAAAGAAAAUUUUACGGGCUUUGAGUGUCAUGAUUGGCCCAACCCAUAUUCUCUGUUGAACCAAAUUGAGAUAAGUUACAAAAUGACAUGCGGGUUGGGGCGUGCCGGCACGCCGGAUGGAUGACACGUGGGUUGAUCAGGGACCGUUGGAUCAUGAUGACUGAUGAUGGACAGAGAGUGGUAGCUACUUAUUUCAACAUGGAAUUCUGAGCCGUUUUGACCAUUGGUUUGAAGAAUGUAAUUCAGCUUUGUUAUGUUUGAUUCUCGCAGUUUUAUCUGUGAGAUGCGAAACAGAAAUGAUUCGUGCACAGCAGUCUGUGCACAUAGCACAGCCCGAUGCGAAAUGGGUUCGAAAAGGAUCUGUGCGCUCGGGUACAGACAGAGAUCGUUUCUUCUAGUAUAUAUUUUUUUUUGGAGGGGACGGAGAUGAGAUAUAAAUUGUUAAUUGGUUAAACAUUGAAUAGCUUUAUAGAGGAAGGGUUGACAUUAGGAAAAAUGAGAAUCUUGUAUUAGUUUAUCGAAAUGUCAAAGUUUGUUCUAAGUUUACUUAGCGACCAAAAAAAAUUUGUACUAAAUUUAUGUUGUGUGAUCUCAUUCACCCAA